AUGCCAUUUGCAGAAGCUGGAAAGUUGACUUGUCCAACGCCAGGUUGUGAUGGAUCAGGCCAUCAAACGGGCCUCUACACUCAUCACAGGAGCCUUUCGGGUUGUCCACGACGACCAGAUAAAUCGACAAUACAAUUAUUAGCCUUGCAACAAGAUACGGUGUUACGAUGUACAACACCAGGUUGUACGGGUAAAGGCCAUGUGAAUAGUAAUCGAACAUCUCAUCGAAGUUUAUCUGGAUGUCCAAUUGCCUAUCAGCAGAAAUUAGCUCGAAAAGGUUACUGA